CAAGAUGGGAGAAAAGAAAUCUGGAAAGCUAAUGUUCAAAGGCGAGAAAAAGGAGAAAAAACAUAAGAAACGAAGACAUCAAGAAAUUAAUGAAUCCAACAAUACACCACAAGAUCAAACCGAAGGAUGGUUAAAUCCACCUACUCCAAAUCAUAUCCUAGGACCGAUUUAUUCAAUUUGUAUCAACCCACCUAAAUCCAAACCAUGUUCGAUUGCAAUCUUUCCUUCACCAGUCACCCCGAUUGCCAAAGUCGCACCUGCAAUCCUUUCAACUGAAGCACUUGAAACUCUUGAACCAGAUGACGUGAAUCAUGUGAUGGUUUGUACAAGAAUAGUAGAUAGUGAAACGAUGGUAACCUUAAGAGUUGCUAAUGGAAGAUAUCUUGCUACAGAUGAAUUAGGUGAUGUAACUGCUGAACGUGAAGCACGUGGAAUUCAAGAAGAAUGGACAUUUGAACCUAUCAUCUUACCCAACGAAGAUGAAAAACUUAAUGAAGAACCUUCAACUUCUAAUCAAAAGAAUGAAGAAUCAAUUCAAGUUGAAAAAGGAGAAACUUUAGAUGGCGUUUUUUCAAUCCGAUCAAUUGCUUAUAAUAAAUAUAUCAGUAUUGAAGAAAUCGCGGGUGGAAAAUUAUCUAUUAGAUGUGAUUCUACUACUUCUGAUGAUCCGUCUUGUCAAUUCUUAGUUCGUAUGCAAGCAGCAGAAUUGAUCAAAGCGAAGAAACGUUUAGCAGAUGAACUUGCAAAGAAAGGUUUACUAGCACAAUCUAAUGAUAACGGUACCAACCUCGGUUUAACAAUCCUUAAACCUGGUCAGACUAUCGCAGAUUUAGAAGCAAAUGCAAUACGUCAGAGUCAAACUCGUGGAGCAGGUCGACUUAUAACUUCAAUGGAAUCAUCAUCAUCACUUAAAAAAGCACGUAAAGAUGGAAGAUUAGCUGAAGAAUUACUUGAUCGUCGAUCAAAACUGAAAAGUGAUCGAUAUGCAAAAUAAACAUGCUCGAUUUUAUCAUCUGAUUCGUCAUCUUGAAUUACGCUGAUAUUUGUAUUUAUGUAUUUUAUUCAAUCUUCUUAUGAUCAAUAGUCUCAAAAUCAUGAAAUAUACUCAUUCAACAUUAUUUCA